CUCAGCAUUGGAGCCGGCGCGGGUGUCCCCCCCGCGCCGCCGGACAGCCCUGGGCGGGACUCCUCCCGCGGCCUCCGGGGCCCCGGGGCGCGCGCAACAGGCGGCCCGAGUCGGCGGGAAGCUGGAGCGCCGGCGGCGUCGGCCUCGGAGGGGUGUGGAGAGGCGAGGCCAGGCAGAGCCCCGCGCAGCCAUGGAGUCGCUCCUGCUGCCGGUGCUGCUGCUGUUGGCUGUACUGUGGACACAGGCGGCCGCCCUCAUUAACCUCAAGUACUCGGUAGAAGAGGAGCAGCGCGCCGGGACGGUGAUCGCCAACGUGGCCAAGGACGCGCGCGAGGCGGGCUUCGCACUGGACCCACGGCAGGCCUCUGCCUUUCGUGUGGUGUCCAACUCCGCUCCGCACCUGGUGGACAUCAACCCCAGCUCGGGCCUGUUGGUCACCAAGCAGAAGAUCGACCGUGACCUGUUGUGCCGCCAGAGCCCCAAGUGCAUCAUCUCGCUCGAGGUCAUGUCCAGCUCAAUGGAGAUCUGCGUGAUUAAGGUGGAGAUCAAGGACCUGAAUGACAACGCGCCCAGCUUCCCGGCGACACAGAUUGAGCUGGAGAUCUCAGAGGCGGCCAGCCCCGGGACGCGCAUCCCGCUGGACAGCGCCUAUGACCCGGACUCGGGCAGCUUCGGCGUGCAGACGUACGAGCUCACGCCUAACGAGCUAUUUGGCCUGGAGAUCAAGACGCGCGGCGACGGCUCACGCUUUGCAGAACUCGUGGUGGAGAAGAGUCUGGACCGGGAGACGCAGUCGCACUACAGCUUUCGCAUCACUGCGCUCGAUGGCGGCGACCCGCCGCACCUGGGCACUGUUGGCCUCAGCAUCAAGGUGACUGACUCCAAUGACAACAACCCUGUGUUUGGCGAGUCCACCUAUUCAGUGACCGUGCCAGAGAACUCACCUCCCAACACGCCUGUCAUCCGUCUCAACGCCAGUGACCCAGACGAAGGCACCAAUGGCCAGGUGGUCUACUCCUUCUAUGGCUACGUCAACGACCGCACUCGAGAGCUCUUCCAGAUCGACCCGCACAGCGGCCUGGUCACGGUCACUGGUGCCCUAGACUAUGAAGAGGGCCAUGUGUACGAACUGGAUGUGCAGGCCAAGGACCUGGGGCCCAACUCCAUCCCGGCACACUGCAAGGUCACCGUCAGCGUUCUGGACACCAAUGACAACCCACCGGUCAUCAACCUGCUGUCGGUCAACAGCGAGCUGGUGGAGGUGAGCGAGAGCGCCCCCCCAGGCUACGUGAUUGCACUGGUGCGGGUGUCUGAUCGAGACUCCGGCCUCAAUGGGCGCGUGCAGUGCCGUUUGCUGGGCAACGUGCCCUUUCGGCUGCAGGAGUAUGAAAGCUUCUCCACUAUCCUGGUGGACGGACGACUGGACCGCGAGCAGCACGACCAGUACAAUCUCACGAUCCAGGCGCGCGACGGCGGCGUGCCCAUGCUGCAGAGUUCCAAGUCCUUUACCGUGCGCAUCACCGACGAGAACGACAACCACCCGCACUUCUCCAAGCCCUACUACCAGGUCAUUGUGCAGGAGAACAACACUCCCGGUGCCUAUCUGCUCUCUGUGUCGGCCCGAGACCCCGACCUGGGUCUCAAUGGCAGUGUUUCCUACCAGAUCGUGCCGUCGCAGGUGCGGGACAUGCCUGUCUUCACCUAUGUCUCCAUCAACCCUAACUCGGGUGACAUCUAUGCGCUGCGAUCCUUCAACCACGAGCAGACCAAGGCAUUUGAAUUCAAGGUGCUGGCCAAGGACGGCGGCCUGCCCUCGCUGCAGAGCAACGCCACUGUUCGGGUCAUCAUCCUCGACGUCAAUGACAAUACCCCAGUCAUCACCGCCCCACCCCUGAUCAACGGCACCGCUGAAGUCUACAUACCCCGCAACUCGGGCAUAGGCUACCUGGUGACCGUUGUCAAAGCAGACGACUACGAUGAGGGCGAGAAUGGCCGGGUCACCUAUGACAUGACAGAGGGCGACCGCGGCUUCUUUGAAAUAGACCAGGUCAAUGGCGAGGUCAGAACCACUCGCACCUUCAGCGAGAGCUCCAAAGCUUCCUACGAGCUUAUUGUGGUGGCCCACGACCAUGGCAAGACGUCUCUCUCCGCCUCUGCGCUCGUCCUAAUCUACCUAUCCCCUGCUCUCGACGCCCAAGAGUCGAUGGGCUCGGUGAACUUGUCCUUGAUUUUCAUUAUCGCCCUGGGCUCCAUUGCUGGCAUCCUCUUUGUCACUAUGAUCUUUGUGGCGAUCAAGUGCAAGAGAGACAACAAAGAAAUCCGGACCUACAACUGCAGAAUCGCUGAGUACUCCUAUGGGCAUCAAAAGAAAUCAAGCAAGAAGAAAAAAAUCAAUAAGAAUGACAUCCGCCUGGUGCCCCGGGACGUGGAGGAGACAGACAAGAUGAACGUUGUCAGUUGCUCCUCCCUGACCUCGUCCCUCAACUAUUUCGACUACCACCAGCAGACCCUUCCUCUGGGCUGCCGCCGCUCUGAGAGCACUUUCUUGAAUGUGGAGAACCAGAAUACCCGCAAUACCAGCGCCAACCACAUCUACCAUCACUCUUUCAACAGCCAGGGCCCCCAGCAACCAGACCUGAUCAUCAACGGUGUGCCUCUGCCCGAGACUGAAAACUAUUCUUUUGACUCCAACUACGUGAACAGCCGAGCCCAUUUAAUCAAAAGCAGCUCCACCUUCAAGGACUUAGAGGGCAACAGCCUGAAGGAUAGCGGCCAUGAGGAGAGCGACCAGACUGACAGUGAGCAUGAUGUCCAGCGAAGCCUGUAUUGUGACACUGCUGUCAAUGAUGUGCUGAACACCAGUGUGACCUCCAUGGGAUCUCAGAUGCCUGAUCAUGAUCAGAAUGAAGGAUUUCAUUGCAGGGAAGAAUGCCGGAUUCUUGGCCACUCUGACAGGUGCUGGAUGCCCCGGAACCCCAUGCCCACCCGCUCCAAGUCCCCUGAGCAUGUGAGGAACAUCAUUGCACUGUCCAUUGAAGCUACUGCUGCCGAUGUUGAAGCUUAUGAUGACUGCGGCCCCACCAAGCGGACUUUCGCAACCUUUGGAAAGGAUGUCAGCGACCACCCAGCUGAGGAGAGGCCCACCCUGAAAGGCAGGAGGACUGUUGAUGUGACCAUCUGCAGCCCCAAAGUCAACGGCGCUAUCCGGGAGGCAGGCAAUGGCUGUGAGGCUAUUAGCCCUGUCACCUCCCCUCUGCACCUCAAGAGCCCUCUGCCUACUAAGCCUUCUGUGUCUUACACCGUUGCCCUGGCGCCCCCGGCCCGCGAUCUGGAGCAGUAUGUCAACAAUGGCCCUUCUCGUCCCUCUGAAGCUGAACCCCGUGGAGCUGAUGGCGAGAAAGUCGUGCAUGAGGUCAACCCUAUUCUGAAGGAAGGUCGAGACAAAGAGUCUCCUGGCGUGAAGCGUCUGAAGGAUAUCGUUCUCUAAAUCAGUCUUGGGGAAGAAGAGAGAGAAACCAUGCUGGCUAGCAAAGAAGCAGGAGCUGAUCGUUUUAAUUGCUCACCAAUGGUUGGUUCUUGAGUGGCUGUAUUUCAGAGCUUUCCCUAAAUGUAUUGUUUAUAAGUGACUAUCAUUCUGUGACAAUCCCUCUCGUUUCAACAGGCAGCAGGGGUGUUCCAUUGGAGCAAAUUAGCUUUGGCUUGAGUUGUUCAUGGGGCCUUGAUGUUGGGGAAACAGAGACAAAUUCAGUUGUGAAAAGUAUUAUGUAUUAAGUGUUUGGAUUUAUAUAUUUUUGUAUGUCAAAAUUAUAAUAAAAAUUACCAUUGUUUGUGGAGGAUUACAUUUAAAAAAAGCAAAAAAAAAAAAAAAGCUCUGGACACCUUUAAUAGGCUCGCCACUGUUUUGUAGUGUAGACAAGUUAAUGGUCAUUUAUUGUGUACUAUUCAUUGAUUCAGUGAUGUGAAAUCAAGCCCCCAAAUGGUUGUUUCUGAAGCUCGAGUACUUUCCAAUGCCGCUACUUUGCUGUGGACACCCCUGCUUUAAGAACCCUUUUGCUAGCUGUGCUAUUGUCAUAUUUGAUAUUGCAAAUUGCUAUGUGUGUGGUGAUGGCAAAAGGCUUUUAGAAGUUGGUGUUUUUUCCUUAAAAAACUAAAAUAAAACUACAGAUAAAAACAAAGUGCAAACAACUGAGACAACAAGUGAAUGAGUAACACCACACAUAUGGAUUGAGUACUUGGAGGAUACUCACUCACAGAGUCUACCCAGGGAGUGGUUGCUCACCACGUUGCAGGGUAUUUUUCCUGACUUUCAGUCUUCUGCCCAGAUCCAUGAUAGAUCAUUGCAGAAAGACAUUUUUGGAUAUUCUGCUAUCUAAUUUGCAGCUGUCAGAAAUACUGUGCUGAAAGUUUUAUGAGAUCAAUUUUUCUAAUUUUCAGGCCCUGAACAGAAAAGUUGCUCCUGAAGUUAUCAGUUUCCAGGCUUAGAAAUUCCUUAUCUCCAAUCAUCUAAAACUCAAAAAGACUGAAUCUAUUUUGAGUUCUAAAUAAGCAUCUUUCCAGACACACACUUCCUGAUUCAGUGUUUCCCCGUCAUGAUUAGAAUUAGACUGCAAAGCAUGUCAUGGGCUGGAAUUGAGAACUCCAUGUUGCUCUGUAUCGUAGGAUUAUAAAUAGGGAUAGAGUAAGCAGUACAAAGUGUACAUUUAGGAAAAGACAGGUAACAGGUAACAGCAUCAUUAAUUCAAUUACUGUGCCUUCUGAAUGGAGACACUUGGACACUUGAACUCGUCUUUUUAUGACUAACACUUUUUUUAAAUUAAAAAUGUGAACAGGAAACUAUUAAAAAUGCUUUACAUUUAGCUAACUCUUUGCUGUAGGCUAGGAAUACACCUUUUUUAUUAACAAGUUUGUUACACACAUUCUUUUUUUGUUUGUUUAACAUUCCUCGAACUCCCCUGUUUAUUAACUGUCUAUUAAUAUUCACUAGCCAACAUAGUAUUCUUGCAGCCUAAGAGUUCAUUAUUUAAAAAUAAACAAAUAUGUCACCUUUGCUCUGCCUUGGUCUUCGAAGAGUUGUUUCUAGAGAAACAAGUUUUGUGGUUAUGUUCUCAUUUGUUUCAUUUUUUGAAAUUCAAGAGUAUCCAGCAAAAAAAGGCUUAGAGGUUAGAGCACUAAGAAUGCAAAAGAGGAUUUAUUUUCUUAAAUUUAGGUAGAUAAGUCUGCUCUUUUAAAUGUUUUAGUUAUUUUUGCCUGAG